CACCAUGUUGUAGGAAAUCCACCGCUGCUCCUCACUCACUGUCAGAUUACAGUUUAAUCCGAGGAGGAGGAGGAGGAGGAGGAUACGCUGUCAAGACGCUGCCUGCAUCUUGGAAAGACUCUCGGUGUUUAUGCUUACUAAAUAAACGCGACUUUACGUACUAGUGUCAGUCUCUACAAUAAACGGCCUGCACGUAGAAGAUGCACCGCCAGUCUUCCGUCGCUGUCUUCGCCUGUCCGCCGACCUGCCAAUACGUUAAGAUGUUAGCUGGCUAACUAGCUGGAAAAGAGUAACUAAAUCGGAUUAGCCGCUAACGGCAGCCUCCCUCUAGGUAACAUCCAGGUAUUAUUUGCUGCACUGGUCAACUAUUACACAGCAAACCGUCGUCUCCUGUGUUUUUUUAAGUUUAUUACAAUUCUACAUUUGUGUCAACAUUACUACUUAACGUCAGUGCUGUAAUUACUCGCUAGAAUAAAUGUUGCUGCGAGCUAGCUAGGCUGUUAGCCACCCAAGCCACAACAAGAGCUGGAGCUCCUCGCUAGCUAAUCUUCACUGUUUGUUGGAAAAGAGAAAAAUUAACGUCAGUGCCUCCGACCGCAGCCGAAGUCAGGACGGAGCCCACGGCCACGCUGAUGUGCUUGUGCUAGCUUGUCUUCGGGCUAGCUGGCAAGAGGGCUGUGCAAGAUUGUAUCCCUGAAAUUAGCCUUCAGACGAAGCAAAGAUGUCAGGAAAGGAUAAAGACAAAGACAAAACGGAGAAACAGUCCACAACGGAGCGGCUGAUAAAAGCUGUGCCAUACCCUCCACAGCAUAAGCUGACUGUGAAAGAGCUGUUCGAAGAUGGCAAGCCCAACGCUGAGCUGCUUCGCAACCACCUCGUCAAGGAGGGCAGGGUGGAAGAGGACGUGGCUCUAAAGAUCAUCAAUGAUGGGGCCAACAUCCUCCGCCAAGAGAAGUGCAUGCUGGAAGUGGAGGCGCCUAUAACAGUAUGUGGUGAUGUCCAUGGCCAAUUCUUUGACCUUAUGAAGUUAUUUGAAGUGGGGGGAUCACCCAGUAACACACGGUAUCUCUUCCUCGGUGACUACGUAGAUCGAGGAUACUUCAGUAUUGAGUGUGUUCUCUACCUCUGGUCGCUCAAGAUCAACCACCCCACCACACUCUUCCUCCUGCGUGGGAACCACGAGUGCCGGCACCUCACAGAGUACUUCACCUUCAAACAGGAAUGUAAAAUUAAAUACUCUGAACGGGUGUAUGACUCCUGUAUGGAGGCCUUUGACUGCCUGCCCCUCGCUGCCCUGCUCAACCAACAGUUCCUGUGUGUGCAUGGUGGACUUUCACCAGAAAUCAACUGCCUAGACGACAUAAGGAAAUUAGACAGGUUUAAAGAGCCUCCAGCAUUUGGGCCAAUGUGUGACCUAAUUUGGGCUGACCCUGGGGAGGACUAUGGCAGUGAAAAGACAUCUGAACACUUCAACCAUAACUCCGUCCGAGGCUGCUCUUACUUUUUCAGUUACUCAGCCGUGUGUGACUUUUUGGUAAAUAAUAACUUGCUGUCAGUAAUAAGAGCCCAUGAAGCACAGGAUGCAGGGUAUCGGAUGUACAGAAAAAGCCAGACCACAGGCUUCCCUUCAUUAAUCACAAUCUUUUCAGCUCCAAAUUACCUAGACGUCUACAACAACAAAGCUGCUGUAUUAAAGUAUGAGAACAACGUGAUGAACAUCCGACAGUUCAACUGCUCACCCCACCCUUACUGGUUGCCCAACUUUAUGGAUGUCUUCACAUGGUCUUUGCCUUUUGUUGGAGAGAAAGUGACGGAGAUGCUGGUGAAUGUACUGAACAUUUGCUCUGAUGACGAGCUCAUGUCAGAGGGAGAUGACCUAUAUGAAGGUGGAACCUCAGCAAUGCGUAAGGAGGUCAUCCGGAACAAGAUUCGUGCUGUGGGAAAAAUGGCCCGGGUCUUCUCAGUCCUCAGGGAGGAAAGCGAGAAUGUGUUAACACUCAAAGGCUUGACCCCAACUGGAACUCUUCCUGUGGGAGUGUUGUCAGGGGGGAAGCAGACCUUACAGACUGCCAUUCAAGGUUUCUCUCCCACGAGGAAGAUUCGGAACUUUGAGGAGGCACGUGGGUUGGACAGGAUAAACGAGAGGAUGCCGCCUCGCAAAGAUGGCCAGCAGCAAGACAGCACCACAAUCAACACCAACACCCCCAACAAGAAUGGCACUGAUGGAUAGGCAACAGAAACCCCACCCUCCCAAUCUUCACACAACCCACACCCCCUGACUCAUAGCCCCAAGCCACUUUCUCUCUCUUUCUCUCUUUCUGUCUCUCUCUCUCCAUCUGUCUCCUGUACUGAAACUGCCUGUCCAUCUUCUGCUCACCCACAAUCAGGCGGGGAAAGGAAGCGGACACAAACAAAAGAAGGCCACAUCGCUGGGAAAAAUCUUCCAGCUGCUGAAAAAAGACAAACAUAUGAUGUUAUCUGGGAAAAAAUCUAAUCUUAUUUAUUAAAGAUGAAACAUAUUAGAUAUAUUGUGUAAUAGCAACAAAGAAUUGAAUGAAGACAUUUUGCAGUUCAAAUGUAUACUGUACACUGAAGUCCUAACUUAUACAUGUCAAAAUUAUAAAAAAAGAGAGAAUUUUAUAAAUUUGAGUCGAUACAGUUAGAUGAAGCCCUUAUUAUCCAGGACUUUUAGUCACUUUAAGGAUUUUUUUAUUUUAUUAUUGUUGUUCUCAAUGUGUUUGGUAAGAGGGAUUUGAAGUACAAAUACUAUAGCCUCAACAGCCUCGGCACUUGGGGUUCUACAUACAGUGCAGUGUUUGCUUAUGUGUGUCAGCUGAAGGAUAAAUUAUGUAUGUAUUGAGGCGAAUUCAAAAUAAGGGAAGUCAAUUAUUAUUAGAACAAUUAUUACAAAUUAAUAUUUUCUACUUAAAGCAGGAAUUAAAUGAAGACUUAUAGUCUUAUUUAUACAUUUUCCACAAAGCUUUGAUUUUUGUUCACUUCCAGAGUAACAAUUCCUUCCUGUGUUAUUUGUGAAUGAAACGGUUCAAGUGAAGGAUUAAUGCUUUGUGUGCAAUGAUAGUUGCUGUUGCUGGCUGUUCUGUGCUGGUUAUGAUUUGUGUUCACUUGAUGGCAACUAGGCGUUCUCGCUCCGCUAAACCAAAUAAGGGACAUACAGUGCAGCAUGUCUUAUUCUGUCACCACAACCACACGUCAGUACUCCCAACAUCCAGGUUGGAAGCAAUUCUUUCUUCUUCUCAAGCCCUGAAUUUGAGCCAACCUCUCCGGAGGUUGAGCACUGUGCUUGAAGACUACGGCACCGGAAACCGACUGACGCUGAAGUUUUUCUCUUCAGGUGUCAUUUUGGACAAAAGGGGACAUGUUUGCUCAGAAAGCAGAGGAACUGCUGGCCAUACUGUCCUCGAAACAGACUGUUGAUGUUCAUUAUUGCUUAGGAAAUUUCAGUGUAUUUAACAGAAUUAUGGCAGUUUGAUUUGAUGUUUUAUUGUCAACACUAAGAAAUACGGGGUGUGCUUUUGGGGGGCUUUCCUUUGUUUCUAAAGCUGUAUUAGUGUCUCCAUCUACUGUUGAUUAUACAGAAUGCAGAUGUUUUUUUUCUUCUUUUUUUUUUUUCGAAUUGUGAUAACCGUGCGUAUCAAAUAAGGGAAACAUUUGACAUUCAGUGAAACGACAGCACAAAGUUGCUGUACCCGGACACAAUGGACUGAGUCAUCCCCCUCAGCGGGGAUGAUACUAUAAAAGGUACCGCCGCCACACUAGCAGCUGUCUAUCAAGGCCUAACAGUACUGUAAUCAUCUCAACCAUGGCUGACUCAUAUAUACAGUAUAUUAUUUUUAUUUUUAUUAUUUUAACUCCUGGUCAUACUAAGAUGAAGACCAUUAACACUUGCUGAGAUUGCUGGUGUGCGAAUGUGUUCUGCUCUCAAGUAUUCAGCUCUCUUUCUGGUCUCAGCACCUCCACUCCUCUUCACAGGCACUCCCAACCCUUUAAGACCUGCUUUUACACGACCAACUCUACUGGUGCUUCGACACACCUGACUGUAAUUCUGUCGUCUUUGUUGCUCAAGGAAGGGGGGGGGGUAAGCUUUAACAUUAUUAUUUUCUUGUUAAUAUACCCUUUUUUUGUCUUUUUUUUAAACUAGGCUUUUGCGCUCAUGUGCCAUGCCACCUCGGCCACACAUGUCAAGAUCUGUAUGUGUGCGUGUGUGCAUGGAUGGUGAACGGAGUCAAGUCAGGAGACUUUCAAUCACACGUUUAAAGAUUAAAUGUCGGUAAUAUUAAUCUUGAUAUCCUUAAAAUUUUCAAGAUAUUGUUGUUUGCCGUUAUGUUCAGUAGACUUCUGGGGAAACUUCCUAAACAUAAAGUAUUUUGGUUUACAUUCAUAACUGUGAUGUCGAAAUUUGUUUUAAAAGGUAAGGCUUUAUUGGGUGAGCCAUACAGUAUACUGACCUCCUGUUAGGUCCUAUACAUAUCUCGCAGAAUGUAAAAAAUAUUGCUCAUCAAGAAUCUUAUAAUAGCUGUAAAAAGGGGUAAAAAAAAAAAUAAAAAUCUGUACCGUACUUGUCAUGCAAGGCCAUGAAAUCUUUUAUGUAGAUGUAUCACUUGAAAGAAAAGAAUAAAAUUCAAAUACAGUGUUUUAUUUGA